AUGGGUAGAGCAAAAAUAGCAAUGGAAUUCAUAACUAAGGAAAAAACUAGAAAUACGACAUACAAUAAAAGAAAAAAAGGGUUACUUAAGAAAGCUCAAGAAUUUUCAAUUUUAUGCAAUGUACCGGUUUGCAUAAUAAUAUACCCUUAUAAAGAAGGACAAGUGUCCUUAGAAGCUGAAGUUUAUGCCUUCAAAGGGGAUAGUGACCCUAAUGAUUUGGGUAAAUCAAGGGAUUCUGAGAUGGUUAAGGGUAUAAUUGAUAGGUUUUUAAGGGUUCCUCUUGAAGAGAGGAACAAAAGGUCAUUAAAUUUGUAUGAUAUGUUUGAUGGGUGGAAGAGAAAAGCUAGCCAAGAUUUGAUUAAAAUAAAGCGUAAAAAUGCUUUAAAUAAAUAUCCUAAUUGGGAUUCUGCUCUUGAUGGGUUUUGUUUAGAACAACUUAUGGAAUUUUUAGGUUAUUUAGAUCAAAAAAUAGAGGUUGUUAAGCAAAGGAUUGACAUGAUUAAUGGUACUAAUCAUGAUUAUAGUAACCUUAAUCAAGCAGAAGCAUUAGUAUUACCAUCCUAUCAAGAAACACCAACUAAUUCUACCCUAAUGGUUCCUAAUGACCAAAUUUUUUGUGAUGACCAUCAUCAAAUUCUAGGGUACCCUAAUAUUGUUGAAGGGUAUAAUCCGUUUUCUUGGUUUAAUUAUCCAAUAAUUAGUGAUAAUAAUGGUCAUAAUCAAGAUCAAUAUUGUCCUCAAUUAGUGAACUACAAUCCUAAUGUGUUCACUAAUCAAGUUGAUGAUGAUAAUUGGUUUAAGUACACUAAUAGGAAUGUUAUGGGUGGGAUGAGCUAUGAUCAAGGGUCAGGAUUUGUGGAAAGUAUUGGAGCAUCAUCAACAUACGGUGCCGUUUUGCCAGUGCAAUCAAAUGUGCCCAUGCAAUUUCCUAUGGUGCAUAAUGUUCCUCUACAAAGGCAUGGGCAAUAUCAAAUGUUCUAUAAGUAG